AUGACAGAGGAGCAGGCCAAAUGGUUGUUCAAACAUCUGACCGACGGCUACUUGACCUACGAGCACUCCAAGAUCAAGAUGUGGGGCAAAGAGAUUCAUAUUCCUCGUCUGCAGUCUUGGAUGGCCGAUGAUGGUGUCAAGCCGCCAUUGUUCCAGAAGCAGGAGAGGAAGGAGUGGUCGCCCGCCAUCUUGCACUUGAAGCAGACGCUCGAAAGUCUACUUGACGCCCAAUUCGACUACGUCUUGAUCAACUAUUAUAGAGAUGGAAAGGAUUACAUUGGAUGGCAUAGUGAUGGCGAGGCAAAGAAGGGUGACACUCGCAAUAUUGCCUCGAUAUCCUUGGGUGUGGCUCGUCGUUUCAUACUCAAACAUAACAAGACGUCUGAGAAGACCGAAUACUCACUAACCAAUGGCUCGAUGAUUGCCAUGUGUGGCGACUGCCAGACACACUAUAAGCAUCAAGUUCCAAAGGAACUAAAAGUAACAGAGCCACGUAUCAAUCUAACAUUUAGGAAGAACUAA